UAGUGGGCUGGGGAAGCGGAGGACCGGUUCUUGCCGCGAGGUCUAUUCGCAGUCCCCGCAGCAGUCCUCGCAGCUGGCAUUGGAUGAGUCCGGGCUGAGAGCGCAGGGGUCCAAGAAACUGAACCGGACCUAGCCCGCCCACCAGGCCAUGGAGCCCUGGGGGCUCCUCGUGACCAGCGUCUCCUUCGCCGCCUUCCGGGGGCUGCACUGGGCGCUGCAGCUGCUGCCCACGCCAGGAUCUGCUGCCCAGGACCGUUGGAAGUGGCGGAACAUCUGUGUCUCCCUGGUGCACAGCCUGCUCACAGGGGUCGGGGCGCUGCUCGGGCUGUUGCUGUAUCCUCAGAUGGCUGCCGACCCGAUUCACGGCCACCCGCCCUGGGCCCUGGUGCUGGUGGCUGUGUCGGUGGGUUAUUUCUUGGUGGAUGGACUUGACAUGCUGUGGAACGAGACCUUGGGCCAGGCCUGGGAACUUAUUUGUCAUCAUUUGGUGGUAGUGAGCUGCCUCAGCACUGCCAUUCUGUCCAGCCACUAUGUGGGCCUCUCUGUGGUGUCUCUGCUCCUGGAGCUGAACUCUGCCUGCCUGCACCUACGAAAAUUGCUGCUGCUUUCUCACCAGGCCCCAUCCCUGGCCUUCAGUGUGGCCAGCUGGGCCACGCUGGCCACCCUGGCCCUCUUCCGCCUAGUGCCUCUGGGGUGGAUGAGUAUGUGGCUGAUCCGACAGCAACACCAGGUGCCCCCUCCUCUGGUCAUCCUUGGUGGAACUGGGCUGGUCACUGUGGGUGCCAUAAGCAUUGCACUGGGUAUCCGUAUUUUGGUCAGUGAUGUCCUGCAGUCUCGGCCCCACUCACCCAUCCCUGGGCACAAGGAAACCAGAGGCACAAGGGGAUGUUGUGAUGGUGAGCUUGUCACCAGGGAGGAUUCCACUCUCAGCCUGCAAGACUAGAGAGAAGCCAAGGCUCCCCUUCUGUUAGUCCUGAGGGAGGCAGGGCCAGGAAAAGGAGAUUGUGGUCUACAGUGCACAGUCCCUCAAAGGGUUAAGGACUGGACUGAAUUUUCAGUAUCUCAGCCCCUCUUUCCAAGUAACCCACUCCCCUCCCCCAUUCCUAGAAUUGGAGAAGUGCUGAUGUUCUUGGAUGGGUGGGAAACUGGGCUAUUAUUGUUCAGUGAAUUCCAUCAUCAGAUGACUGCUUCUUCCAGCAAACUAGCUCAAGAGGGAUAGCCAGUGCUACCAAUAAGGGGUGACAGGAGGCGUGAAGUUAAAUGAAACUGCCAAUGGCAUCCUUUACCUUAAACACAGGAACAGAUGAAGAAAGGUGAAGUCCUAUUAGGACCAGAGAGAUCUGAUGGGGAGGGGGUGGAUUCAGAGGGAAGAGAGGCCUCACCAACGACCAAAUUCUAACAGUGGGAGGAGGCCAUAACAGGUGCUACCUGUAGCUAGUAGGGAUGGACAUAAUAGUUGCCAAGAAACAGAACUGGACCACUACAAUUGCUGCUGAUAUUUCUGGUUCUCAAAGUCAUACUACUGUGUUUAUACUCAAUGCUAGUCCUACUGCCUUUUACAUUUUUUAAAAGUCCGAUAUCUGCCUUUUAAAAUUUCUUACUGUCUUUCAAAGAAAAUGCAGAUUCUUAAAGGAAUGAGCUAGGUCUGUCUUCUUAGGACAAUAUUGAAGUCCAGAGCCAUAACAGGAACUCAAACAUUCAUUCUGGGUGCCAAGUGUAGCGUUUUCCAUUGGCCUUUUGUGGAAGAAGGAAGGCAGAGACAGAGGUAGAUGAGGGAAGGCUUCCAUUUGGCGGCAGAGGGAUUAAGGAAUAUCUGACUCUCUUCUGGGAUUCAUUUGCAAGCUCUCCCUCUCCUUUCUCCCUUGCCACUUUUUUUUUUUUUAGAGGGGUGGGGCAGUGGGAGAGAAUCUUAAGCAGGCUCCAUGCUCCACACUGAGAUUGUGACCUGAGCCGAAAUUGAGAGCCAGAUGCUCAACUGACUAGCCACCCAGGUGCCCUGCUCCCCAAAGACUUCUGCUUUUUUUUUUUUUUUUUUGGUCCCCUACAUCACAAAAUCUCUCCUUCAGGCAGAACAGCCAAGUUAUGGGAAAUGUAAAGCACAUUAAGAUUACUAUUCUAAACAAUGGACAGAAGGAGAUAACCCUUAUUACCCACAGAAAAGAUAAAGGAGCAAAAGCAAGAAACAGGAAGAGUAAAACAAACAAACAAAAAAAUUCUGCCCAAAAGCUAAGCUAGAGAAAGACAAAUGGGAUGAUAGGAACAUACAUAGAUUGAGGGAUGGAUAGAAAGAAAGAGAAGGUCACCUGAAUAGAAGAGACAAAGCUGAAGAGAGAUGGAGAGCAAGACACGGAACCUUUGGUAGAGAUGUUGAGAAAGUCUGUCAUGGAUGCUGACAGGAACUAAAGUCACAGAACUGGUAAAAUGGUCAUAAACAAAGAGAAUAAGAAAACUAGAAAUAAAAGCUGACAGGAAGGGACCCCAAGGGGGCAAGGCACAGAUGGUCUAGGCAGAGAAACAGUGAGUGACAAGGAGGAACGACCAGACUCAGGAGAGAUGUAGGUAAGAGAGGCAUUUAGAGAAGUUGGCAGAGAGAAAAGAGAGGGAGAAAUAGAGAUGAGGGGACUUAGAGGAGCUGAGGAGCAGGACAGGGAGUGGAGGAGGCACUCAAUGGAAAGAUUCACUGACAGAAAAAGAAAGUAGAAACUAUGUUGAGUUGGAGACAGGCAGGAAGACAAAGGACAAACAGCUACAGUGCAAAACACAAAGACAGAGACUGACAGGAACUGAUAGGCAGAGACUGGUAGGAAAAUCAAGAGAAGUCAGAUUCAGGGUUGUAAAUUGAGAUAGAAGAAUAGGAAAAGGGACUGAGGAGAACCACAGAGGGGGAAACAAGUUGGGGGAGGCACAAAUGAUUAAAUAAGCAUCCAAAGAAAGGGGGCACCUGGCUGGCUCAGUCAUAGAGUAUGUGUGAUCUCAGGAUUGUGAGUUUGAGCUCCACGUUGGGUGUAGAGAUUACUUUAAAAAUCUGAAAACAAAACAAAAACAGACCCCAAACAGAUAAAAACAUACAAAAGAAGGAACAAAGGAAAGGAAGAAACAGAUGAAGAGAGGAAGAAAGAAUAGAGAGAGGGAAAAAAUGAGGGAGGAAUUGUGAGAGGUGCCCAUCAUAGAAUCGUUAAAGUACAAAGGAAAGAGUAACAAAUAGAGACUGACAAGAAGUUGCCACAGUAUAGGCAAGAAAUAAGAGCAGAGAUAACACAUGUAAUCAGACAAAAGCCAGAGAGGCAAAGGUAUAGAAGUUGAGAUAGAGAAACAAAGUAGAAUUCCAUCACAGUGUUUGUCCUUAGUAGAAAUAGUGUCUUCAAAACUCAAUUUGCCAUCUUAGCAGAAUGUCCUGAUGAACAAAAAAACAUUGUCUUGAGCUUUCAAAGAAAGAGAAAUAUGUCAAAUCCAUCGUAGAAAUUUGUUCCCUAGGGGUGCCUGGGUGGCUCAGUCAGUUGAGCAUCUGCCUUCAGCUGGGGUCAUGAUUUCAGGGUCCUGGGAUGGAGUCCGAGUAGGGCUCCCCACUUAGCAGGGAGUCUGCUUCUCCCUCUACCCCUACCACUACCCCUGGCCUUCCACUGCUUGUGUGCACUUGCUUUCUCUCUCUCAAAUAAAAAUCUUUCAAAUAAAUAAAUAAAAUUUUAAAAGAUUUUAUUUAUUUGAUAGAGUAAGAGAGAGAGCACAAGCAGGGGGAGCGCAGGCAGAGUAAGAGGGAGAAGGAGGCUCCCAUUAACCAACUGAGCCACCCAGGUGCUCCAAUAAAUGAAUUCUUUUUUUUUUUUAAAGAUUUUAUUUAUUUAUUCAUGAGAGUACAGAGAGAGAGAGAGGCGGAGACACUGGCAGAGGGAGAAGCAGGCUCCAUGCAGGGAGCCUGACGUGGGACUUAAUCCCAGGACUCCAGGAUCAUGCCCCGGGCCAAAGGCAGGCGCUAAACCACUGAGCCACCCAGGGAUAUCCCCCCCCCCUUUUUUUUUAAGGAAUCUGUUCCCUAAGUAUAUGUUGAGGUCAGUGGUCAAUAUUGAUUCAUUCCAAGCCCUGCAUGUUUUCUUUCACCACUGUCAUAAAUUCAUAGUUCCAGUGAGUACACCUGCAGAUAAUAGUUGAUAGUGGGAUCCCUGGGUGGCGCAGUGGUUUGGCGCCUGCCUUUGGCCCAGGGCGCUAUCCUGGAGACCUGGGAUCAAAUCCCACAUCGGGCUCCCUGCCUGGAGCCUGCUUCUCCCUCUGCCUGUGUCUCUGUCUGUGUCUCUGCCUCUCUCUCUCUCUCUCUGAAUAAUUUUUUUUAAAAAUCUUAAAAAAAAAACAAUUGAAUAAGGAGAUAUCUCAUUGAGUAGGCCAUUAUAGAUGGUGUGGACCAGAUAUAGAUGAUGGAUCUUACAGAGGCAUGGUCAGUGCCUAGAAAAGAGAAGCUCAAAGAUGCAGAGUUUAGCAAAUGCUACAUUUGGUGCAAUGAAGUGGGUCACGGUGGCAGUGAUCUAUCAGACCUCACCAUGGCCUACUGAAGUGGUCCUCAAGACUGGCUCCAUGCCUACUGAGCUACUGGCUGAUGAAUUGUCUUCUGCCAUAGGAGAGUGGCUUUCCUGGAUGGAGGACAUUGGUAUUUUAUGGUCUUGAAACACUAUCCUGAUCAAAAACUAAUAAAGUGCUAUGCAAAUAAUGGCA